AUGGAAAACAAUACCAUUUCAGAAGAAUUUAGUGGUGGUAGUGGUGAACAAGCUUCCUUACCAUUACUUACGAGUUUAUCAUAUAAAAGUUCAAAAGCACUGCAGAACAAUUUAAUAAACUUAGCAACCACACCAAACACUGAAUCCUCAUCCAACCGUCCACUAUUAUUAAAUAAUAUCAAUGACAAUGAUGAUGACAUAAAGGUUUCCGAGUGUUCUAAGGAUGUAACAUCAAUUUUUUCAACAAUGAAUUAUUCAUCAUCAUACUCAUUACUUAAUGGGUCUGUUGGUGAAUUGAUGUUGAUGAAACUUUAUUCAUCUCCAACAACAUCAAUUGAUUCAUUUGAUAUAAUAGAUAUGAAAUUUAUGCAGGAUCAUGUGAUAUUUACAUUACCAAUUGAUAAUGGAGGGCUUAAAUUUGUGACAUUAAGUGGAGUAAGAGGUUUCAUUCGAAACAAUGUUUUAAAGGUUAUGGAUUUAAUAUCUGAACAUUUACCAAUAUUAUCAAAUAAUAAUUCAUGGCAUAAAGGGUCUAAAGAUAUUGUUGAAGAUAUUAAUAUUAAACAAGAAAUGGAUAAAAUUACAAAAUUACCUGAUUUACCAGAAUCACUAUUAGAAGAUAUCAGAAGUUUUGUUAGUAGUUUGUUAAAAUUUCCACCACCUAAUGAAGAAUUAUCAUAUGAACAAAUCCAAUCAUUUUAUGAGAUUGUAUAUUCUGAAAUGGAAGACCCAAUUGAAUUAAAUGAGAAAAUGAACAGUAUAGAGAAAUAUGUAACCACAGUAUUAUAUGAAAAAAUAUUUUGCCCAAAAUGGUCAGAUGACAGUUUAAAAGAUGAGGAAUUAAAUUCAAAAAUAUUAGCUUUAAAUUAUUUAAAUCUUAAAGAUCUUGGUAUUGAACUUAAUUCAAAUCAACAACAAAUAGUUGAAUUGGUUGUUAAACUUUCAUCUUCAGAAUUAGAAAAUUUAAACCAAAGAAAAUCACCAUUUGAAAAACUAGAAUGUCUUAUAAAUUGCCAUAAAAUUAUUAAUGCACAUCUAAUCUUACCAUUAUUAAUUCACAUUAUUAUUAAAUCCAAUCCAAAAAAAUUAAUUUCUAAUCUAAGAUUUAUACAGAGAUUUAGAGUAAGAAAUUUAAUAGAUAACGAAAUGUCAUACUGUUUAACAAAUAUUCUAGCAGUUAUUGGAUUUUUAGAGACUGCUGAUUACUUGGAUUUAAACAACAAUAACAUUAUUAACAGCAGUAGUGGUAGGAGGGUUGGGCAUGAAAUAGUUAAAGUGGCUGAUAGUGGUGUAAAAGUUAUCACUGACGCAUUUGAUUCUUCUUAUAAGUUGUUUGGUCGUAUUCUUGGAUCAAAUGAUAUAUUUUUCGAUAAGGACAAUAUUAAUAAUAAAAACAAUGUUAAUAAAUUGCCCUCAACAAAAUCUACAAUAACUCCUGGCAUUGAUGAAGCUAAACAAGAAAACGAAAUGCAACAGCCGCAACAACACCGAAAACGUAAAUCUUCAUCCUCAUCAAUGGUUGAUCGUUUGCUUUCAUUUAAUGUGCUUCCACAUUUUUCAGGCGAUGGAAAUAUUAUAAAAAAAGAAAUUAAGAAUUCAAUAUAUAAAGAUGAUAUAAAAAUCUCACCGCCAAUCCAAAAAUUUCUAGAUUGUUCAAUUGAUGAUUUUCAUGUCAAAGAUGUUCCAGAACUUUUAGAAGAUUAUAAAAGAUUAGCAAAAUCGAUGCAUAAACUUAAUCUUUUUUCCAAAUAA